AUGCAGGCUGCCGGUGUAGCUACCGCCAAAUUUCAGCUCGCAGUUCCCUUCGUUUUGCUGCAAGCGUCUCCGGGUCUGGCAGCUCUUCACGCGUCUCGCGCACGCACCCUCCACCCCUCCGAGCCCGCCUUGAGGACGACGCAUUGUCCGUCAUGUGGGAUAACAUUCCUCGACGGAGGCGGUCACAUCAGAUCCGUGCGCUUGUCCAAGCGGCGGAAGGGCGCAAAACGGCAGGACUGUACUCGAGCCCUGCGCAUGUCAUGCGGGGCAUGCGGACACCAGCAAGACCUCCCCAUCGAGAGCAAGUCUUCGCUGUUAUCUCCCCAACCCAGGAACAGAAAGAGACAAGCAUCGGAUGCGAAGAAGGCACCACUCUCUGGGACGACGUCAACUAAGAGUGUGUACAUCCCGCAGGGCGCGGUCGACCGACACCCCACCGAUAGGACUGCAUCUUCGCCUGUACGGUCUUCUGUACCGUCCCAAGCGCGCCCGGCGUCACUGCAAAACACAACGAUGCUUCCGUCUAGUAGCUCCGUAACGGCUACCCCGCCUCGCCCCAAGGCGCGCUCAAAGAGAACCACUGGGUUGCAAGGCCUUUUGGCUCGCAAUCGGGAGAAGCAGGCCGAGGGAAAGAAGUCGAGCGAUCUCGGGCUUUCUAGCUUCUUGCAGGAAUUAGAAUAG